UUGGCUUUUCAGUAGUUGGUCGCGAGCUGGACACGAUGGAAAAACAAACCUCGAACGAAGAGCCGUGGAGCACUGGUUGUAGCAGCGAGGUUGGGCAAGUCUCGCCUCGGUCGCCGCCCCCGCCACCGCCACCGUCGCCGUACCCCGAGAAAACCUACGUGUCGGAUCUCACGUUGCUACUGAUGAAUUCGAGCGGCAGCGGCUUGGCAUGGACCUACAGGGACACCUCGCGCGCUGCAGCCAUUGGCUCCGAGAAUGAGGAGAAGGGCGAGGUGGCUGGGAUAGCCGAGGACACCGGGUACGAGGAGAUGAGCGGGGAGACCGUGCGCGACGACCCGCAGCUCGGCAGGAUGAUCGCCGAUAUGAGCAAACUGGGCAUCGACGAGGACAAGCUCGACGAACGCCACGAGGAAAGCUUCGCACUAGGUAACGUGUCGCGUGACAGCGACGUCGUGUUCGAGGGUGCGAUAUUACCUGAGCUCGAGCGCACGAUAUACUUGUCGAGCGGUGGAGAUACACCGACCGAUUUCGGGAAGACUCGCGAGUCUCCCGAUGACGACGAUGUGUUUGCUGGCGAGCCCUCGGGGGAACUGGAGGAGUCCCUGUACGUCACGACUUGCGAAGACACCUCCGUAGAAUUCCACUCGAUAUUGGAGAGCAACCGGAGCAUCGAGGUGGUCGAGGAAACCGUUCAGGAGCUCAGCACGACCAACCGCAUCAUCAAAGACGUACCUCAUCCGGCCAAGAGCAAGCUCGGGAGGUCCGAGGUCUUCGACGAGGUGACCGAACUCCCGAGGCUCGACCGACUGAGGGAACACUUUGUCGCUGAAGGCCGACUCGAGGAGAGAGUCGCCCUCGACAUUAUCACCAGAGGAGCCCAGCUCCUUCGCAAGGAGCCCAAUCUGAUCAACAUCAGUGGACCUGUCACUAUUUGCGGUGACAUUCACGGGCAGUACUACGAUUUCGUGAAGCUGCUCCUACUCGGCGGCCCUCCCAGCUCUACCACGUACCUAUUUCUGGGUGACUACGUCGACAGGGGUUACUUCGGAAUAGAGUGCAUACUACACCUGUUGGCCCUCAAGAUUUCCUACCCGAACACGUUCAUCCUGCUACGGGGUAACCACGAGUGCCGUCAUCUCACGGAGCACUUUACGUUCAAGCAGGAGUGCCUCACCAAGUACUCGGAGGCGACAUACAAGGCUUGCUUGACGGCUUUCGAUUGCCUUCCGCUCGCGGCUAUUGUGGACGGAAAAAUAUUCUGCGUUCACGGCGGCCUCUCGCCCACGAUCAGGCACCUCGAUGACAUUUACAGAAUGAAUCGGUUCCGGGAGCCACCCACGUGCGGUCAAAUGUGCGAUUUGCUGUGGUCGGAUCCCACCGAGGAUUUCGGCCACGAAAAGGUAGUAGACUUUUUUCGGCACAACGAGGUUCGCGGCUGCUCGUAUUACUACAGCUACAGCGCCUGCUGUCGUUUCAUCGAGGAGAACGAUUUGCUUACCAUAGUGCGGGCUCACGAAGCCCAGGAUCUGGGCUACAAGAUGUAUCGGCUGAGCAAACACAACUUCCCGGCGCUCAUCACCAUUUUCAGUGCUCCCAAUUACUUGGACGUCUACAACAACAAGGCAGCGAUAAUUAGAUUCGACGGGGAAACUCUCAACAUAAAGCAGUUCAACGCUUCGCCUCAUCCGUUUUGGCUGCCCGAAUUCAUGGACGUGUUCACCUGGUCCCUGCCAUUCGUCGCUCAAAAGGUUACGCAAAUGUUGGUCGGUAUCUUGAACAUUUGCUCGGACCAUGAACUCAAGGAGGAAGAGGAUGAGGAGAAAACGAGCGUAGAUCGCAACAAAGUCAUUCGCAGCAAAGUCCAAGCGGUCAGCAAAAUGUCGCGGCAUUACAGUAUACUCACAGACGAGCGGGAGACAGUGCUCAAGUUGAAGGGACUGUCGCCGGACGGCCGACUGCCCAGGGGCUUACUGUCGCAAGGAAAGCGCGCCCUGCGCGAUGCGCUGAAGAGGCGUCUCUCGUUCGACGAGGCGAAGCUCAUGGACGCCGAGAACGAAAAAAUGCCAGUCGCGCGCAACGAUACCGAUCCGACACAGGAGAGCAAAGAGACGCAGCUCCCGGAGGCAGUGGGGGCAAAAAAGUCCAAAAAAGUCCCGCAGUCUCGUAGUUUAGACAAGGUGUCCAAGCAAAAAGAGUUGCUAGCCCAGACUCGGCCGUGCUCCGUGAAGCUGGAGAAAAUGGACAUUCAUGCCCCACCGAGACGGUUAACCAGGUCCAAAAGCGUCAGUUUGGAAAGAUUGGCCAGAGGAGCGGGUGGACAGCACGGCUUGACUUCCUCGGGGCGGUUAACCAGGUCGCGCAGUUGUACCGAGAAAAAAGUGGAUUCCAAGCAGUCAGGUGAGGCGUCGGUCAUCAAGUUGCGCAGGCAUUGCAGUGGGCUGAUCAAAUGCUGAAGUUGAGAAAGCAGUCAGAAAAUGAUCGCAGUUAGAGAAAGUGGAGUCGAGUUUUAUGGAUAAUUGUUUUUCUAUUGUUUGAAACUUGAAAGUUUAUUUUUUUAUUGUUUAAUUAUUUUCUCCAAGGAAUUGUU